UUGAGAGCCGCCGUGUUUCCCGCGAAUUAGCUGGGCUCGUGUGGUGACGCUUGCAAGCACACAAGCUAACGAUCGUUAGCAUUGCCGGAUUCGCUUUAACUCCACGCCUUCAACAUGUCGAAGCAGCGCUCUCUUUUCAGUUUUUUCGCCAAGUCUCCGCCACCGGUCGCCAAGCCGAAGCCGUCACCGUCACCUGUGGAGGCAGACCCGGUGGGGAAGUCCAGCUCCUCUCCGCAGGAAGAAGCUAAGCAAACGCCUCACCACAUCGCCAAGAAGCCUAAAGCGAAAAGCGGCGCUAAAAGUCUCAAAGCAGGUUAUAAGAAGCUAUUCGGUGACAAGGCCCCGACAGCUACAGACAAAAAUGAUUCAUCCACUUCAUGCUCGUUCAGUGCUGGUGCGCUGGUGUGGGCCAAGCUGGAGGGGCAUCCGUGGUGGCCAUGCAUGGUGGUUCCUCAGCCCCUGAGCGGCCAGCAGAUGAGAGGCCGUGGCUCAUCCCAGCGCAUCCACGUUCACUUUUUCGAUGAGCCACCGACGAGGGGCUGGGUCAGCACCAAAUUCGUCCGAGAUUACCAAGGCUCCGACAGCAGUGACGCUAAAGCUGGAGGGGUGUUUUUCAGUGCCAAGCCUGUGAUCCGCCGUGCGAUGGAGCUUGCUGAUGCUGUCUUAUUUGAGAGUACUGAAAGCAGGUUAAAGAUGCCUCUGUCCACGGAGCCGUCUGAUGAUGAAGAUGAGUAUGAGGAAGACAUGGAGCUGGACAAGUCCACAUUCACUGAUGAUGAUGAUGAAGAGGUCAGUGAUGUCGACCAGGAGAAAACUGAGGAGGUGAAGGCGUCCAAGGGCAACCAACGCACCACCCGAGCAAAUGGUAACAAAGCCAAGCGCCGACGGAUAAUUGUAGCGUCUGACAGUGACGGUUCAGACGACGAGUUCAAACCGGAUCAGGCAGCGAGCAGCAGCGAGGAUGAAGGGGAGGAGGAGACUGUUGUGAGCGAGGAGGAAGAGGAGGGAACACCGGAGUCUGAAGCUGACAGCCCGGUCAAGCCACUCAAGCGCAAGCGCCCUGCUCCCAAGUCUUCCCAAGCCAAGGAGAAGAAGCCCAGCGCCCCAGCUUUGACACCCUCUGUGACUCCCAAACGAACAACAGCCUCCCUUGCUUCUGACACAAAGUCUCGUUUGUCCACCUUCUCCGCCCCUGACCACUUUGAAAGCCAAGCAAACAGUCCCGGGUCAGGCGGCGGUGCCACCGUCUGGGAUCAUGAGAAGCUGGAUUGGCUGCAGGAGAGUCGGAGGAAAGACGGCCAACGGCGGCGGAUGUCCGAAGACAACUACGAUCCGACGACUCUCUACGUGCCGGAUGACUUCAUGAACCGCAACACACCCGGCAUGCGGCGCUGGUGGCAGCUCAAGUCAGAAAUGUUUGACACCGUCAUCUUCUACAAGGUGGGUAAAUUCUACGAGCUCUACCACAUGGAUGCUGUCAUCGGAGUGAAUGAACUUGGACUCACGUUCAUGAAAGGCACCUGGGCUCACUCCGGCUUCCCUGAGAUCGGGUUCGCCCGCUUCUCAGACGUGCUGGUGCAGAAGGGCUAUAAGGUGGCCCGGGUCGAGCAGACAGAGACCCCUGAGAUGAUGGAAGCCCGCUGCAAGACUAUGUUUAAGCCCACCAAGUUCGACCGCGUGGUGAGAAGAGAGGUGUGUCGGAUCAUAACAAGAGGCACUCAGACCUACAGUAUCCUAGAUGGAGCCCCGUCGGAGAACCAGAGCAAGUUCCUUCUGAGUUUGAAGGAAAAGGCCGAAGAUGACGGUUCAGGAAGCUGCCGUGUUUAUGGGGUUUGCUUCAUCGAUACCUCUGUCGGGUGCUUCCAUGUGGGUCAGUUCCCUGAUGACCGCCACUGCUCUCGUCUGCGCACCCUGGUGGCUCACUUUGCGCCUGCAGAGGUGCUCUUUGAGAAGGGGAAUCCCUCUGUAGAAACCCGCAAGAUCCUCAAGGCCUCACUGUCGUCUGCACGCCAUGAAGGUCUCAGCCCAGGGUCACAGUUCUGGGAUGCUCAGAAGACUCUGAAAACCCUCGCCGAGGAGGACUACUUCAGAGAGGCCGCGGACAAAGACCAGAAGAAUGGAGGCAGUUUUCUUCCUGACCUUCUGAAGAGGAUGACGUCUGAGAGUGACUCGCUGUGCCUGACUCCCAAGGACGGAUAUGAGUUGGCACUGUCAGCCUUUGGUGGAUGCAUUUUCUACCUGAAGAAGUGUUUGGUAGACCAGGAGCUGCUGUCCAUGGCUAAUUUUGAGGAGUACGUCCCCGUCGAUGUGGAGAUGGAGAAGGCUUCCGGACCCGUGAGCUUCUUCUCCAGGACCCGUCAGCGAAUGGUCUUGGAUGGUGUGACUCUGGCAAACCUGGAAAUAUUCCAGAAUGGCUGCGGAGGAACUGAGGGAACGCUGCUUGAGCAGCUAGACACCUGCACGACCCCAUUCGGGAAGAGACUUCUCAAGCAGUGGCUCUGCGCUCCCCUGUGCAACCCCACAUCCAUCAAGGACAGGUUGGACGCUGUGGAAGACCUGAUGGGUGCCGCAGCCCAGGCUUCCGAGGUCACAGACCUGCUGAAGAAGCUUCCAGAUCUGGAGCGCCUCCUCAGCAAAAUACACAGCAUUGGAACCCCUCUGAAGGGGGAAGACCACCCAGACACUCGAGCGGUUCUGUAUGAGGAGGUCACCUACAGCAAGCGCAAGAUCGCCGACUUCCUCGCCGCUUUGGAGGGUUUUCAAACAAUGCAGGAGAUCAUUGGCGUCCUUGGUCCUCUGUCAGGGGGAUUUCGGUCCACUUUACUCCGCCAGGUGGUCAAUCUGAGCGGUGUGGAAAACGGCCUCUUCCCGGACCUGGCCGCGGAGCUCAAGCGUUGGGAGACGGCGUUUGAUCACCAGAAAGCUCGCAGCACCGGCGUCAUCACCCCAAAGGCUGGCUUCGAUCCCGAGUUCGACCAGGCUCUCUGUGGGAUCAAGACCUGCGAGCGAGGUCUUGAGGAUUACCUGGACAGACAGAAGAAGAGGCUCGGCUGUAAGAGCAUGACCUACUGGGGAACCGGGCGCAAUCGCUACCAGAUGGAGGUUCCCGACAGCGUUUCUGAGAGGAACAUCCCCGAGGAGUACGAGGUGAAGUCGACCAAGAAAGGCUGGAAGCGUUACGUGACCAAGGAGAGCGAGCGGCUGUUUGCAGAGCUGCAGGGCUUCGAGGAGAAGAGAGACGGCGCCCUGAAAGACUGCAUGCGCCGCCUCUUCUACAACUUUGACCAGAACUACAAAGACUGGAAGACCGGGGUGGAGUGCAUGGCGGUACUGGAUGUGCUGCUGGCCUUAUCACGCUACAGUCAGGGAGGAGACGGACCCAUGACAAGGCCAGACGUGCUGCUGCCCGAGGGCGGAGACCAGUCUGUGCCCUUUGUUGACCUCACUGGGUCCCGUCAUCCAUGUGUGACAAAGACCUUUUUCGGGGACGACUUCAUCCCCAAUGAUGUCUUCAUCGGUUGUCCUGGCGGCAGCGGCGACGAGGGGGAGAGAGGCAGUGCCUCCUGUGUCCUGGUCACUGGGCCCAAUAUGGGAGGAAAGUCCACCCUCAUGAGACAAUGCGGACUUGUGAUCAUCCUCGCUCAGCUGGGUUGCUAUGUUCCGGCGGAGAGUCUUCGCUUCACCCCAGUGGACCGGGUUUUCACUCGCCUGGGAGCAUCCGACCGCAUCAUGGCAGGAGAAAGCACCUUCUUCGUGGAGCUCAGUGAGACGGCCAGCAUACUGCAGCACGCCACUCGACACUCCCUGGUGCUGCUGGAUGAAUUGGGAAGAGGAACCGCCACAUACGAUGGCACAGCGAUCGCCAGCGCCGUGGUGAAAGAGCUGGCUGAGAAGAUCUGCUGCCGCACGCUCUUUUCCACACACUAUCACUCCCUGGUGGAGGACUACGCCAACAACCCUGCUGUGAGGCUGGGACACAUGGCAUGCAUGGUGGAGAACGAGUGUGAGGACCCCAGUCAGGAAACUAUCACGUUCCUCUACAAGUUUAUCGGCGGCGCCUGUCCGAAAAGCUACGGCUUCAACGCCGCGCGUCUCGCCAGCCUGCCAGAGUCGGUCAUCCAGUCUGGACACAGAAAGGCCAAGGAGUUCGAGAGGAGCACCAUCAGCCUGAGACUCUUCAAGAAACUCCUCCAGUUCGCCGAAGACCCCGCCCUGGACAGCACACACUUCGCCUCUCUAGUUCAGACGAUCAAGACCUUGUAGUUUCUGCCAUCCUGCUGAUGUCAUUCCAGCUGUAGUACAAAAAAAAAUAAAACACUAUGAUCUAAUAAAGUUUAUUUUUUU